AUGAAGUCGGUAGGCGUUGCUACUAAUUACAUGUAUCCAUAUGAACCUCGACCCCAUAUUAUAGGAGAUAAAGUUAAGUUCCUGAAGUCUUCGCAGCAUCCGAUCUAUCCCAAUCCGCCCUCGCUAAAAUAUCCACCAAUCAGAAUCCACAACACACCCCAUUGGUUACAAUACGCUGUUGGAAAAACAACGGAAACUACAGUG